CGAUCUCCCUCUGCCGUGGUGCCAUUGUUGCUUAGGAAGCUUCCUUCCCCCUCUGUAGCUCAUCUCUUGCAGGCUCAGCUGUCGUGAUCGCGGUGGAUUGGCUUCGACUUCCAUGCCAAGAGAUUAUCACGCACCCAGCACACGUUGACUCCUAUAUAGCAGCACCUCUUCGGCUCAUCCACUUUCUGCCCUCCUUUCACCUCCUCUGUUCCCCGGCGCUCGCUCUUGUCUUCUAAUUCACUGAUCGUGCAACCCAAGAUGUCGGCCAAGCAGCCACUAAUCACUAAAGGUCCACACAAAUGGUGGAUGGACGCCAUCAUCUACCAGAUUUGGCCCGCGUCCUUUCAAGACAGCAACGGCGAUGGAGUUGGGGAUUUGCCGGGUAUCCUCUCCCGCUUGGACUACAUCAAGUCCACCGGAGCCACAGCCAUUUGGAUCUCUCCCUUCUACGAUAGUCCUCAGCACGACAUGGGCUAUGACAUUGCCAAUUACGAAAAGAUUCACGAGCCCUAUGGAAACAUGGAGGACAUGGACGCCAUCAUCAAAGGUUGCCAUGACCGCGGCAUGAGAAUCUUUUGCGAUCUUGUCGUGAAUCACACAAGCGACCAGCACGAUUGGUUCAAGGCUUCGCGCUCCUCCAAGGACGACCCCAAGAGAGAUUGGUACAUCUGGAGGCCCGCCAAAUACGAUGCCGAUGGAAACCGUCAGCCACCCAACAACUGGCGCUCUUGCUUCAAUCAGUCGGCCUGGGAAUGGGAUGAGAAGACGCAGGAGUACUACCUACACUUGUUCGUCGUAGAGCAGCCGGACCUCAAUUGGGAAUGCAAGGCUGCCAGACAGGCCAUCCUAGACAGUGCUGUUCGCUUCUGGCUCGACAAGGGCGUUGACGGUUUCCGAAUUGACACUGCCAGUCUCUACUCGAAGCCAAUGGACUUUCCGGACGCCGAAGUGACCGAUCCUGGAGCUCCCCAUCAGCCUGCCUUCCACCUCUUCUCCGAUGGCCCCAACCUGGAAGGAUACCUAAGGGUCCUAGGUAAAGUCUUCAACGAGUACGACAGUAUGACCGUGGGGGAGUUUCCAAACGCUUCUUUCGAACGUUCGGUACGAGCGACGUCUGCGGCCGAUCCGCAGAUGUCGAUGAACUUUCACUUUGCCCUGUGCGACUGGAAGCGCGAUAUGGCAAACGACCCAUACCAGCUCACACAGACUGAGACGCUCUCGUCUUUCAAGAGAAUUCUUUCGGCUCAACAGACGCACGUCGAAGGCACCGAUAGCUGGCCGUCUUUCUUCCUGGAGAACCACGACAUAGCGCGCUCGACGUCGCGUUACAUCUCUGACGCGCCCGAGUGGCGCGUGGCCUCCGCAAAGGUCCUGGCCUGCUUGAUGGCGACUGCGUCCGGCACGCUGUAUAUCUACCAAGGUCAGGAGCUUGGUCAGGUCAACUUCUCUCCGGAGUGGCCUCUGGAAGAGUACCUGGACGUUGGCUCCAUCAACUACAUUAAGCUGGUCAAGGAACGUGGUGGCGACCUCAAGCAGGCUCACAAGGGCCUUGCUGCGCUUGCUCGCGAUCAUGCUCGUACGCCAGUGCAGUGGAGCAGUGAAGCCAAUGCAGGAUUCAGCACAGCAAAGCCCUGGAUGAGAGUCGCAGACGAAUACAAGUCGAUUAACAUGGCUGACGAGGACAAGGAUCCCAAGUCGGUGUUGAGCUUCUACCGCAAGGCGAUCGCCCUGCGCAAGGAGCACCUCGAUACCUUUGGCCACGGUCUCUUCAGGCUGACUGACGUGGAGAAUGAUGACACGAUCAUCUACUCCAAGCUGGGACCUGAUGGCAAGGUUGCCGUCGUGGCGCUCAACUUCACCACCAAGCCCCAGAAGUUCGCGGUGCCGCCCGAGGCCAAGGGACGGAAGUUGCAGCUGCUUCUCUCCUCUCUCCACGAUUCGGUGUCUGACGACUCGACUCUUGAGCCCAUGGAGGGGAGAAUUUACCUCGCUGUAUGAAAAGGCGUGAGAAUAGAGGGAGAAAUUGACCCCUCCCUGACAUUAGAUUGGUGAUGCGAUUUGAUUAGACGCGUGCAGGAGCCG